AUGUCCGCUAGAGUGGCUCGAUCGAUGUAUCGGCGGAUGCUCAAGAUUGUGGCGUCCAUUAAACGUGUAGGGGCUGAGCAACUGGCAUUAGAGCGCUAUGCCGAGUUUCUCCCUUGCACCGUGGAGGUGAGGAAGGGCGAAUCCCUUCAUGCUCUUCUCCGUAAGGCCUUCAUUAGCGCCUCAUUGAGUGCGGAAUCUUUAGCCAGCGGCUUCUCCUUCAUUAAGGACGCCACGGAGUCUUUGCCUGAUUUGGAGCUGCUUUCUCUUUGGAAUGCCUAUUGCCUCGAUGGCGAGUAUGAGAUGUUGUAUGGGGUUGCGCUUUUGAGUGCCGCACUGCAGCAGGCUGAGAACGAGGAGCCAACGCAUGCAGGGGAGUUGGGUGACAUCGUUUCUAGGAUACGAGGUGAAGUGCGGCUGUUGGUGAAUGAAAUGAAGGAAGCGGUGGCGGCAACUCCCACGCCGUCAUCUGUAGGACGGCACGGGCUGGAUGGGCGUCCAUCGUCUCUUGAAACCGCAGUGGAGUCGUUGUGGAAGCGUGGCUUUGACGUUAGUGAGCGAGCUGCGGAGGACCUCACUGCUCUGAGUCUCCUUCGCAAGAGACGGGCGUCGGUAUUUCUUCUCAACGUUCUUCUCACGGUGGCCCUGCAUGAGUUGGGCGUGCCGUGCACGCUGGUGGGGACGGAAUCCCAUAGACCGUGGAUACGCGUACAAAAAUCUGGCAGUCGUCCCCUUUUUAUGUCGUUUGCACACGCCGGCGUACACUCAGCGAAGGAGGUUUUGCGCCUGGAUGGUCAUCCGCCAACCUCUACGCAGUGGUGGCGGGCUGCGCGGUGGGAUGGAAGCGGCCGGAAGCACAUUCUCUCAAGAAUGCUGAAAGUGCAACUGAUGCUUCUUUCCUCUUCUUUAGAGUCCCCUUUACGCACACGACAAUUGAAGACGUGUCGAACCCAAAUACUUUUUCUUUUAUCCUAA